AUGCCUAGAGAUGAUGUCCCAGUCCUAAUGUCAGUCGUAGACCCACCACAGCAACCAUUUCCGCAUCUCCUUUCUACUUCUUCCCCUGCUAGUGAUUUGGCGUUUAUGACCCCUGCUACUCAGACCGAUUUACCCUUCAAAUGUAAUUUCCAGCUCUGGAAUGAUAUGCUACCCGACGCCAUGUCGGUAGCUCUGUCAAAGGACCCCGUACCAUCCACCGAAAGUUUUCGACAAAUUGAUAGCAUACAUCAAAAGGCGGCUGAAUUAGCCUUGGUAGUACCUCCCACCCCAACUCCCCGUCUAUUUUCAUGUACUUUUCCCUUUACUCGCCAGAGGGGCUUCCCUCAAGAGCAGCACCCAAGUCAGCAAACUGCAGCUACGUCGUCCUCAGUCUCACAGCUGCAGGGUCCCCGUUCGCAUCGUACUCAAUUAAAUUUUACCAGUAACGUUCAUCAUAACGACUUAAACACUAAUACCAUGCCUGUUGUCGUGUCGAACGGUGGGCUCUCCUCUUCAACACCUGUGCUGGGGACUGCUUUGUCUCUUUGCCCUGUUCCAAAUCCACCAGUCCACCCGCCGAAGCCCUCCCAGGACCCACCCCAGCUAUCACUUGAAGAAUUGAAGGCGACCAUCAAGGUUGUAUCACAGGAGCUGCGACAGGCUCAGUACCAGCGAGAUGAAUUUUUGUUAGCCGAGGAUGAGGAGCACGAUCACACCGCUCAGCUCAAUCAGUUGGAUGCUUGUAUUCAUAAGCUACAGGAGCAAUUUACGCGCCUGCGGCUCUCACUUUCAGAGCGUCUGCAAAGACCAACAUUGUCCCCCUCGGCUUCAUCCAUAUCCCUCGUAGGUAGCCCUCGAAACAUCUCCUUAGUUUCUACAGAUCUCCCUUCCUUUAGUUCUGCAAACCCUCGUCCCACUGUCAGUAGCGACACGUCGGGCUUCCUGAUGUCUCCGAAUCAGCCUACUCAUCUGCACUCUAUUCCAUCUCAGACGGCCAUGUUUGCUCACGCUGCGGGUUCUACUAGCGCGAACUGGUGCCAUGGUGAGACCUCUCCGAGAUUUAGUAACGCGUGCUCUGCCAAUCCUUCUAAUGGUUUAGACACUCCUAACUUUAGUCAUGUCAGUUAUGGAGGCACCAACGCAGACAGGGUGCUAGACCAGGCCCCAGGAGCGCCGUGGUCCACCAGCAAUGGUAUCAUGAGCGAUGACUACAACCCUAGCGGCAGCACGAUGAGCUACCCGGACGGUAGGCCACCAUUGGGCUUGGGCAGUUGGUCUGGCAUUUCUUUGAAUCCUACAUUGGAUGUGUCGAAUAGUGGAACAGAUUUUGAUAGCGGUAUACAGGAGAGGGGUGUCAUGCACACACUUGACAUCCCACAAGCUCAACCAAUGUCCUACACGCCCUCUAACGGGUUUUCUUGGGAGCAGUACGAGCGGAGUGAGGUUGGACAUCUUAGCCGGGAUGCCAUUUGCUCGACCGCGGACGUGGUGCUUCCAGUCAACCCUAUACAUGAAUACGGUGGUGAACGUUUUCCCUGGUCUUCUGAGCUGCGUCAUACAAUGCGUGAUGUUUUCGGGCUUCACGACUAUCGUUUUCAUCAGCUUGAAAUUAUGAACGCCUGUAUGGACAAUCGAGAUGUCUUUGUGCUACUUCCCACCGGUGGUGGGAAAUCACUGUGCUACCAAUUGCCAGCACUACUGCCCAACCCGGCUCAGGUUACUAUUGUUGUGUCUCCGCUCAUUUCACUCAUCCAGGAUCAGGUGUAUGCUCUCAUCGCCAACGACAUCCCGGCUAUGGCCUUGACAGGGCAGACCUCUGACGCGCCUAGGCGAUCGCUCUUUUCGGAGUGGGCCUCCGGUCGCAUCAUCCACACACUGGUGUACGUCACCCCAGAGUACUUCGGCCGCAGUGAUCACUUUGUGCAGACGCUUCGGCGGCUUGCUGAUCAGCGUUUACUUAAUCGUUUUGUUGUCGACGAGGCCCAUUGUGUGUCGCAGUGGGGUCACGACUUCCGCCCCGACUACCGCAAACUGGCAUUACUGAAGCGACACUUCCCAGAUACUUCCAUCACUGCCCUUACAGCCACUGCCACAGGGUUGGUGCAGCAGGACGUCAUUAAGACCCUUUCGUUACGUAGCGCUGUUAUCUUUAAGGGUUCAUUUAAUCGUGUUAAUCUCAAGUACUCUGUCCAGCGGGUUGUUGGGAAGCAAGUGGCACCUGUAGUGAAAGAUCUCAUUCUACACCGCUUUGGCCCAAAGAGCUGCGGCAUCGUUUACUGCCUCUCGCGAAAGGACUGCGAAGAAAUGGCUACCGCGCUCAAUGCCUCUGGUAUUCGUGCUUCUUUCUAUCAUUCUGAAGCAUCAGGAAAAAAUGAGAAACAAGAGCGGUGGACACGAGAUGAGUUACAAGUGAUUUGCGCAACUAUAGCGUUUGGCAUGGGUAUCAACAAGCCAGACGUGCGUUUUGUCAUCCACGCCGCUAUGCCGAAGUCGAUUGAAGGGUAUUACCAGGAAAGUGGCCGUGCAGGACGCGAUGGUCUUCCUUCCGAGUGCGUGCUUCUCGCCUCUUCGAACGACUGUUUACGACACCAACGUCUUAUUUACGGCUCAAAGGACUGGAAGGCUUCGUUGUUAUCGCUUUAUCGUAUGCUGAGCUACACUCUCAACGACGUGGAUUGCCGGCGGCGACAGCAACUAGGCCACUUCGGCGAGGUUGUGGAUUCACAUUUCUGUCUUACGCAGCGCGCGGUCAACAGCAGUCGUUCACUAAACACCGUUGAGUCCCGAGCAGAAUUAUGCGACAAUUGCGCAAGCAAGCAUAACGAAGGAUGGGAGACAAAGGAACUGUGCAUCAACCACAUCCUCAUCGAUUUUUUUCAAAUUCUUGUGCAUUUGGGAAGCAUGACGGGAAAACAGCUCGUCGCAGUUUAUCGUGGGACUAACUCUGAUAUGGGCAAAACAGUGGAAGCCCGGUUGCGACAGAAGGGUCCACCUCCUGAAUACAAAAGCGGCGCUAAGUUGUCAAAGACGUUGAUUGAACGCGUGUUGUUGGAAGGUCUGGUCCUUGGAGUUUUCAAAGAGCGGCUCGACAACGUGAACGACUAUGCAGUAUGCGCGUAUGUCGAAACGGCGGACUGUACUGGGAUAAAGACGUAUCAUGAGAUCAGAGACGGGAAGCGGAAGAUCGUUAUUCACCUGCGAGGGGAUGCUCCCAAAUUGUCCACUAGGGUAGUGACAACUGGCAAACCUGAAAUCGCCAACACUGGCCCUAUAGACCACUCUAACAUAAAUGCAGAGAAGUCUACAAAAGUCCGUAGUAGAAGAAUUCACAAAGGAAAGGACUCGGAGUUCAACCAGGGGGCUGGUGAUACUACCGAUAUUCCCCUAGCCCAUCUUUACUCCGACCCCCACAACCCCAACUUGCGUCUGCGGGAUUCUAAAGAAGGUGACCCCAAGCGGAAUAGAAGUCAACAAGGGAAAAAACAGGUAAUUUCUCUUGAUGGCUCUGUUUUAGCGGUUGAGUGUGGGGAUCACCCGGCCUCUUCGCACUCUCGUCCGCGUGGUGGCGGCAGAGAGGGUAAUGGGGCAUCCACGUCCCUGUCCUCCACACGUGAUCGGAGGCCUCACGACCAUCACGCGCAUUGUGAGUCUCACUCAAAGAAGAGGGGUGGAAACCGUUACGUGAUUGAUAAGUGUAGCGACAACGAGAGCGCGAGCUCCCUUACCUAUGAUGAGGGCAGCGAUACCAUUUCUACAAAUAGUAGCUUUGAGGAUGAUUCGUUUAUUAAUGAUGAUUCUUCAUCAUCCUCUAACUCCCGGCUGCCGUCUUCGGACCCGGCAGCGAAGACCACACCCGCCUGCUGCCCGGCGGAAAAGCAGUGGACCCGUGGUGGGACCAAGCGACCUCGGGGUUCCACCGUUACAACUGAAGUCGAAUCUAGCAUUAUAUCUCUCCAUGAUACACCAGUUAAACAUUCCGCAGUUAUGCACCCCCACAAGCGCAAAAGAAAAGGCGUAGUUAACGAGAAGCAGGAUGGCCCCCCGCAUCUGGUUUCAUCUCUGCCGACUGCUCUCCUCAAACGUCUACAAUCGACUCUCUUGCCACAGCUCGAAUCGCUUGUGCAUCGGCUUGCUGAGAGUUCUGAAGGCGGGCGGCAGUACAACGUCAUGCCGAGGAAGACCAUCCAAACAUUGGUGGAGACCCUUGGCGAGCCAGGCUGGGGUAGUGUCGAACAGUUCACAGACCUAGAAGGGAUGGGCAAGAACAAGGUCAAGAAAUUUGGCGCCGAUAUUCUGAGGCUUUAUCGACAAUUUCGUUUUGAGCACAUUGGUGACGUCAAAGAGCUAACAGCGAAGGAGGAGGAGUCGCUCAAACAAUUGAGCACAACUGUAGCGGCGCGUCAUCGACUACAUCGCGCUAAUGUAGCUAACGCAGGUCUUAUAAUCACUGAUGAGGCUCUUAGAGAUCCAAACACCUCACCAGGGAAGGUUGUGAAUGCGUCGAAUAGUGUUUCUGUCUCCACCACUUUCCAGCCUCCUCAUUUUCUUGAUCCCAACACGCCAGAAAAACCCCUGAAUACGUCAUCCCACACGAGGGGCGAGCUGGGGACCCCGGUUCAAACCCCGCCGAUGAAUCCACCGCGGUUUUCGCCCGCUAAGCUAUCGGUUCCCAUUACCGCAGCAGUAGUGGUGCCACACCGCACGACCUUUUCCUUUACGUCCAGGCCGUGUCCACACCCACUUUCGAACCCAGUGAACACAACGAUUGCUACACCCCCACGGCAACCCUCAGAGGCCACGGGUGCCGUCGUGGCUGCAGGAACGGCCACUCCACAGUAUACUCACCUUCCGUAUCCUCCGGACGCGGCUUCGGUGACCACUGCCGGCGCCACCAUGAAUCCGUCGUCUACUACUUUGGGCAUAUCCGAUUCACCACCUGUUUUACCCUUUCAAAAGGCUACCCAACAAUCGGUGCCGCUUUUCUUAAAUCCCUUUGCGGAGCAAAAAAGGCGGCCGACCAUCCUAACAUCCGAGAGCCCUUCCAUAGGUCGUGCGUUGUAUCCCAUGGAUGAUGUCAUCGGUAGUACACCGAAUCCCAUAUCAGGCAACUCUAUCAACAGCUUUGUUCCGCUAAACCCCGUCGCUGCCAAACGACCGCCAUUGCAGUCAAUUCCACAGGUGCCUCCGAAGCCCCAGGCUGCCGCGGUGGGGAUCCCCUGCUCUCUAGAUAAGGAUGCAAAUGGUGUCGAUUAUCUCAUGAUGAUGUGUGAUGAAUCCCUCCUUCGCACCCCUCUUAACAGCCUUAGUACACCUUCAGCCUCUGAAGUGGGGAGGUUGAGUACCUCCAACUUGGCCCUUCUACACGAUGGUAGGGGCAGGUCAAGUGGUGGGGCUGAGGCCAUGUCAUCCUCGGAGCGUCUUCUUUUCCAGGACACUGAUCACCGUACUUCUUUGAAUGCUGUCAACGAAAGGAGAGGGAAACCGAGGGCGGUGGUAGAAUGUAAUACUUCCACUGAAAUUUCGGAGUCGCUUCCACCAUCAAUGGCCGUGAUCGAUGCGAUACCAUUUGUGCCCCACCGCAAGGAAUCCGAAGUCUUCACAGUUGAAGAUGAGGGCGACUAG